AUGUGGAACUGUCAGGGUCUUGGGUCUGACCUGACAGUUCGAGCUCUUCAUGGGCUCAUUCGAAGAAAUAGACCCACUGCUGUCUUCCUCAUGGAGACCAAAAUGAGAAGCAGCAGGUUAGAAGGCUUACGUAAAAGAUUGGGAUUUUGUAAGGGCUUUGAUGUGGCUCCAGUUGGAAGGGCAGGUGGUUUAAGUCUUUGGUGGGACACGUCCGUAGAGGUAGAGAUUUUAUCUUCCUCGUCAAAUGUUAUAUGCUCUCAAUUUCAAGUUAUGAACACAGGAGACAAGGCCCACUUCACUUGGGUGUAUGGAACACCAUACAGAGAAGAUAAGAAUGUUUUUUGGCACUGGAUGGAGAAUUCUCUGAUCCCAACCACGAUGCCCUGGUUCUGUGGAGGGGAUUUCAAUGAAUAUUUGUGGUCUCAUGAGAAGCGAGGUGUAAUUGUUGCCUCUCACAACCGACCUAGAUUCCUCCACAAUUUCAUGACCAAAAUGUCUUUAUUUGAUCUUGGUUUCAAUGGCCCAAGCUUCACUUGGAGAGGCAGAGCUCGAAAUGGGGAUCUUAUCCAGGAAAGGAUUGAUCGUGCCUUGGCAAAUGCCACAUGGCAAUCAGUUUGGCCUAACACAAUUGUAUCUCAUGGUGCGGUUCUAGGCUCAGAUCAUUGCCCUCUAAUCAUCAACACUGAUCCCAAGAGAUACAUAUGCAAAAAACUCUUCAAAUUUGAGGCUUAUUGGGCUAAGGAGGAUGAGAGUUAUGAUCUUGUAGAAAGAAGCUGGAACCAACUCCAGCAGUGGAGCAAACAGAAAUUUCAAAAAGACCAUCUGGAGGUGCAGCAGCUCAUUCCUCAACUUGAGAUUUUGCAAGAGAACUGGGAGGAUAAUGUCAUAGAGAUCCAACAUCUCACAGCAAGGAUCAAUGCCUUGUUGGAGAAUGAGGAAUCCUACUGGAAACAACGCUCUCGCAUAAAAUGGCUCAUGGAAGGUGAUGCCAAUACAGCUUUUUUUCAUCAAACAACUAUCCAAAGAAGGCGUAUGAAUCACAUACACCGAAUAAAAAACAGCGAUGGCCUUUGGGUGGAGACUCCAAUCUUGGUUAGACACGUGGUGGAUAAUUAUUUCAAAGACCUUUUCACCUCAGGAGGCACUCGUGAUUGGGGGGACAUUCUCAACUGUGUUCUUCCAGUGGUAAGUGAUGAAGCAAAUGUGGAAUUAUGUUCACAAAUUACUGUUCAAGAAGUUAAAGAUGCUGUUUUUCAAAUGGGAGGAACAAAGGCACCUGGGCCUGAUGGUUUUCCUGGUAUUUUCUAUCACUCUUAUUGGGAAACGAUCUGCAAUGAUGUUCAGGGGAUUGCUGCUGAUUUCUUGAGGGGAACUUCCUCCCCAAUGCCUUUAAACCUCACUCACAUUGCCUUGAUCCCUAAGAUUCCCAACCCUGAGUCUGUUUCUCAAUUCAGGCCUAUUGGCUUGUGUAAUUUCUCUUAUAAAAUCUUGUCCAAAGUCAUGGCAAAUAGACUUCAACCUCACAUGGCUGCCAUUAUUUCCUCUAGCCAAAAUGCAUUCAUACCAGGGAGACAAAUACAGGACAACCUCAUUAUUGCCCAUGAGAUUUUCCAUUAUCUGAAACUUAAAAAGUCAAAGAAGCAUUUCGACUUGGGGGUGAAAUUAGACAUGAAUAAAGCAUAUGACAGGGUGGAAUGGGACUUUCUUGAAGCAGUGAUGCUAAAAAUGGGUUUUGCGGAAUCUUGGGUUAAUCUUAUCAUGAGUUGUGUGAGGUCAGUUGAGCUCUCUGUGCUUAUUAAUGGGCAGCCAGGCCACAAGUUCAAACCAUCCAGAGGUCUAAGAGCUAUUCCACCCAUGCAGCCCAGCCCCAGGCUAGGGGGAAAAAAAAAAUGGCCUUCCAGCGGAGCAGCCCAGGCCCGGGGGGGGUGUGGGACCCACCUCCUCGGGCUGGCCCGAAGGCAAGUCCUGCCCGAGGUCCAAAACGAGGGGGGUUACUGUAGCGCUACAGUAUCUGCUACAGUAACGCUACAGUACCGCUACAGUACCUCGCUGAUUUGA